CCCCUUUCCUAAGGCCGGCGUGGGGGGGGAGGGGGAGCCAGGGGACCCCGGGAUCCCCGCCCCCCCCACCCGGCCGCCCCUGCCUGCCUCUCCCUCCCCCACCCGGGACCCGGAGGAGAAGAUGUCUUCGCGGACGGCGCUGGCCCCGGGCAACGAUCGGAACUCGGACACGCAUGGCACGUUGGGCAGCGGCCGCUCCUCAGACAAAGGGCCAUCGUGGUCCAGCCGCUCUCUGGGCGCCCGCUGCCGGAACUCCAUCGCCUCCUGCCCUGAGGAACAGCCGCACGUGGGCAACUACCGGCUGCUCAGGACCAUCGGCAAGGGCAACUUCGCCAAGGUCAAGCUGGCCCGGCAUAUCCUCACGGGCCGCGAGGUCGCCAUCAAGAUCAUCGACAAAACCCAGCUGAACCCCAGCAGCCUUCAGAAGCUGUUCCGUGAAGUCCGUAUCAUGAAGGGCCUGAACCACCCCAACAUCGUGAAGCUCUUCGAGGUGAUCGAGACGGAGAAGACACUGUAUUUGGUGAUGGAAUACGCAAGCGCAGGAGAAGUGUUCGACUACCUCGUGUCCCACGGUCGCAUGAAAGAGAAGGAGGCCCGAGCCAAGUUCAGACAGAUUGUCUCAGCUGUGCACUACUGUCACCAGAAAAACAUCGUACACAGGGACCUGAAGGCCGAGAACCUGCUGCUGGACGCCGAAGCCAACAUCAAGAUCGCAGACUUCGGCUUUAGCAAUGAGUUCACGCUGGGCUCGAAGCUGGACACGUUCUGCGGGAGCCCUCCGUACGCUGCCCCGGAGCUGUUCCAGGGCAAGAAGUACGACGGGCCCGAGGUGGACAUCUGGAGUCUGGGCGUCAUCCUGUACACCCUCGUCAGCGGCUCCCUGCCCUUUGACGGGCACAACCUCAAGGAGCUGCGGGAGCGCGUCCUGCGCGGGAAGUACCGCGUCCCAUUCUACAUGUCCACAGACUGUGAGAGCAUCCUGCGCAGAUUCCUGGUGCUGAACCCCGCCAAGCGCUGUACUCUCGAGCAAAUCAUGAAAGACAAAUGGAUCAACAUCGGCUACGAGGGCGAAGAGCUGAAGCCGUACACGGAGCCCGAGGAGGACUUUACCGACACCAAGCGGAUCGAGGUGAUGGUGGGCAUGGGUUACACCCGUGAGGAGAUCCGAGAGGCCUUGACCAGCCAGAAGUACAACGAAGUGACGGCCACGUACCUCCUGCUGGGCAGGAAGACAGAGGAGGGUGGGGACCGGGGCGCCCCAGGGCUGGCCCUGGCACGGGUGCGGGCGCCCAGCGACACCACCAACGGCUCAAGCUCCGCUAAGGGUGCCAGCCACAGCAAGGCCCAACGCAGCGCCUCGUCCACCUACCACCGCCAGCGCCGGCACAGCGACUUCUGUGGCCCUUCCCCCGCCCCCCUGCACCCCAAACGCAGCCCCACCAGUACCGGGGAGACGGAGCUGAAAGAGGAACGGCUGCCAGGCCGCAAGGCGAGCUGCAGUGCCACAGGGAGUGGCAGUCGGGGGCUGCCGCCCUCCAGCCCCAUGGUCAGCAGCGCCCACAACCCCAACAAGGCUGAGAUCCCCGAGCGGCGGAAGGACAGCACGAGUGCCCCUAACAACCUGCCUCCUAGCAUCAUGACCCGCAGGAACACCUACGUGUGCACCGAGCGUCCGGGGGCCGAGCGCCCGUCCCUGUCGGCAAACGGCAAAGAGAACAGCUCGGGCACCGCGCGGGCGCCACCUGCCUCCCCCUCCAGCCAUAGCCUGGCACCCCCUGCCGGUGAGCGGAGCCGCCUAGCCCGUGGCUCCACCAUCCGCAGUACCUUCCACGGUGGCCAGGUCCGGGACAGGCGUACGGGGAGCAGCAGUGGUGGAGGCAUACAGAAUGGACCCCCUGCCUCUCCCACGCUGGCCCACGAGGCUGCGCCCCUACCCGCCGGGCGGACCCGCCCAACCACCAACCUCUUCACCAAGCUGACCUCCAAACUGACCCGAAGGGUCACAGACGAACCUGAGAGAAUCGGGGGACCUGAGGUCGCAAGUCGCCAUCUACCUUGGGAUCAAGCGGAAACCGCCCCCCGGCUGCUCCGACUCCCCUGGAGUGUGAAGCUGACCAGCUCACGGCCGCCCGAGGCCUUGAUGGCAGCGCUGCGCCAGGCCACGGCGGCCGCUCGCUGCCGCUGUCGCCAGCCCCAGCCCUUCCUGCUGGCCUGCCUGCACGGGGGUGCUGGCGGGCCCGAGCCCCUGUCCCACUUCGAAGUAGAGGUGUGCCAGCUGCCCCGGCCAGGCCUGCGGGGAGUGCUGUUCCGCCGCGUGGCGGGCACCGCCCUGGCCUUUCGCACGCUCGUCACCCGUAUCUCCAACGACCUGGAGCUCUGAGCCGCCUCAGCCUGGGGUCCCCAUCUUCCUGUGGUGCCCCCUUAUCAUCACCUCAGCUUUCCUGGGACAGAUCUGGGGGCCAGGGUGGGGCCCCUCUGCUGUGAGGGACAAGGACCAGGGGUGCCAAGCAGAGCGGGCUGGUACCUCCCAGGCGUCUCCAGCUGGACCUGGACCCCCUGACUUUGGGGAAGACUUGGGGGGCAGGAAGGGAAACUGAGACACUUCCCUCCCAGCAGCUGGGGAGCAAGGCCUGGGGCCGGGGGCAGGACAAGCUGCUAAGACUAAAAACUGGAAGCCUCGGGUGGGGGAGAAUCUGGGAGUGCGGUCAGGCAGCUCCUCCCCUCCCGCUCGGGCCCCCUCCUGCCCCAGGCUGGCGCGGGGCACUUUGUAGAAACCCUUGUAAAUACCCCCGGUCCCUCCACAGACCACAGACGUCCUGAGGGGCCGUCGCUGUCGCCCCCCGCCCCGCCCCAGUUUUUAAGUUAUUAUCCCACCCUCUGUCAGCCUCUCACCUGCAGCCUGUCACCCAAUAAACGUAGGCCAGUUCCCCGCCCCGUGCCACCCCUGGGGUCUUCCUUCCCCGCCUGCACCUGCCUCAGUUGUCCCAUCUGCAGAGUGGAGGUGAGGGCGCGGGAAGGGAGCAGGUGACAGAGGAGAGGGCAGGACGGAACGCUGGCGCAUCCGCCACUUACACACUGGACUCAGCCACUUCUGCCCCAGUAGCGCAUUUACUCAAUAAACACUCAAUGACCA